AUGUAUGAGAAGUUCUACGAAACAUUAAAUACCGCCGCGCGGGAGGAAUCUAAGCAAUCGAAAACAAGAAAGUAUCUUUGCAAGAAGGGCAAAUCAGCUGAUCCAAACUAUCAGCGGCUGGCCAACUUCUCCGGAUGGCGUCAGAUCUCUGCUUUGCGCAAAAUACACCAUCUAGCUGUGUGGCUACGAACUUCAUCAAUUCACUGUGAUCAAUGGGAUAUGAAAGUAGGCCUGCGCCUUGGCAUUGACAACGAUACUAGGUGGAAUUCUUGGUAUAAGCUGUUAUCUAAUGCGCUACGGAAGAAGGCCGAAAUACGGCAGUUCUUUCUCGAUUUUGAAAGAGAGUUUGGAGACAAUAUACUGACUAUAUCUGAUUGGGAAUUUAUCGAGAAAACACACAAAUUUCUCCAGCCAUUUGCGGCUGCAACUUUGCUAGGAGAAGGUGCAGGAUCAAAUCUCUCCCAUACUUUGAUGAUCAUGGAUGCUUUACUCCACCACUACGAAAAGGCGAAGGCAGAAGAUACGUAUGAUCCGCAUCUUCUUCACUGUAUUCAUAUGGGCUGGUUUGUUCUCGACAAGUACUACUCUUUAACCGAUAACACUCCUGUAUAUGCCGCUGCUCUCCUUCUUGAUCCUUCAAAACGACUCAGGUACAUUCAACAUAACUGGGAUAUGGCCUGGAUCAAUAACGCUGUUGAAAACACGCGCGUAUUCUGGGAAAAGAACUAUAAAGAGGCCGGACCUGUAGGUGGCGCUGUUUCACCAGAAGAUGCUGAUACAUGUUCUCGGCGGUCGAGGAAUGAGCUGGAUGAUCUGUUUGAUGAGAUUACUGUAUGGGAAGAAAGUGAUCCUGAUGUGGAUGAUUUUGAUACGUUUAUCAAAAGUCCUCCGAUUAGGAUUACUUGCUCUCCCCUCCUCUGGUGGCUUAAUCAGGAGCGGAUUAAAACGUAUCCACGCCUUUCUCGGAUGGCUAUUGAUGUACUCUCGAUUCCUCCUGAAUCAACAGAUCCAGAAUCAGCAUUCUCUGGCGGAAGACGUACUCUCAGCUGGGAUAGAGAACGCAUGAUGUGUAACAACGUGGAAAAGGUUGAGUGUAUUGGUAACUGGAUACGAUCUGGUCUAAUUACUCUCUCAAUUGAGGGUGGCAAUGGCAUUAUUCUUGACACAGCUAUUGAUGUAGAUGCAGAUAAAGACGUAGACGAUGAGCUGGAUUGA